UCCUCGUGUUCAUGUUAACCCGCUAAACUAACUGGCGAGCUAACAAAAGAGCGGCGGCUAGCAGAGCUUAGCUGCCCGGGCGCGCCGGACUGCAGUAUCGUUCCUGUAGCUUCAGGUUUCCUUACAUCAAAUCGCUUAUACACCCGCAACUUGGACUGGAGUGGGUCGUCGAGUUAUGAGUAAAGAGUUACAGAUGAGGGCCGCAAUUAAUCAGAAGUUGAUUGAGAUGGGUGAGAGGGAGAGGUUAAAGGAGCUACUUAGAGCGAAACUCAUUGAGUGUGGUUGGAGAGAUCAGUUAAAAGCACACUGCAAAGAAGUCAUCAAGGAAAAGGGCAUUGAGAAUGUCACAGUAGAAGACUUGGUUGCUGGAGUCACCCCAAAAGGAAGAGCACUGGUGCCUGACAGUGUGAAGAAAGAGCUUCUGCAGAGAAUAAGAGCUUUUCUAGCACAGCAUUCUACAUGAUGCAUUACUGGGAAUAUGACCCUAUGCCAAUUGAAAUGCCACAAGGUUUGCUGUGAAAUUUAGUUUUUUUUAUCUAAUUGUUUGUCAUGUUUGUGGUAAAGAAAUAUAAGCAAAUCAGUUACAUGAUUUUGUUGCACCAAUUAAAUUUGCUCAUGUUUAUACAUAAAA